UCACAUCCUCUACUUCUUGCUGCAGGAUAGCUCUUCAAGUCCUUGAUCUGUGUGUAUUUGGCUUCUUUCUUGGUUCCACCGUAAAACAAAACUGCAGUACGUCCAUAGCCACAUAAGUUGCCAAGGCCCUUUGAGCGUCAUGAAGAUCUUUUCCUGCUACCAGACAUUCAGGUUCAUCCGACUCACCAAGCCUCCUGGCCGGCGCUUUCACAAAGACUACCAGCUGCAGGUGCCUCUGACUCUUGAUGACCUCGAAGCCAUAAUGCUCUGUGAGCGACCGCUGCCGAAGAGCUUCAACUUCGCUGCGGACGUGCUGGACCAGUGGUCCCAAAAGGAAAAGACAGGAGAGAGACCAGCCAACCCAGCCCUGUGGUGGGUGAAUAGCCAGGGAAACGAGGUGAAAUGGAGCUUUAGAGAACUGGGCUCCUUGUCCCGAAAAGCUGCCAAUGUGCUCACCAAGUCCUGCGGCCUAGAAAGAGGAGACCGAGUGGCCAUGAUUCUUCCCCGAAUCCCAGAGUGGUGGCUCCUAAAUGUGGCUUGUAUGAGAACAGGGCUUGUCUUCAUGCCGGGAACAACCCAGCUGACAGCAAAAGACCUCCUCUAUCGGCUGCGAGCAUCCAAGGCCAAGUGCAUUGUGGCCAGUGAUGAGGUGGUCCCUGCAGUGGAGUCUGCUGCGUCAGAGUGUCCCGACUUGAAGACCAAACUCCUGGUGUCUCCACACAGCCGGAAUGGGUGGCUCAGCUUCCAGGAGUUAUUUCAAAACGCCUCUACAGAGCACAGCUGUGUGGAGACAGGAAGUCAAGAAUCAAUGGCCAUUUUUUUCACUAGUGGGACCUCAGGCUCGCCCAAGAUGGCCCAGCACUCUCAAAGCAGUCUUGGAAUUGGGUCCACCCACUGUGGAAGGCAUUGGUUUGACCUAAAGUCCUCAGAUACCAUGUGGAACAUUAGUGACACGGGGUGGAUCAAAGCUUCCCUUGGCAGUCUGUUUUCCCCCUGGCUUAUGGGAUCCUGUGUCUUUGUGCAUCGGAUGGCCCAGUUUGACACUGACACCGUCCUAGAUGUGCUUGCCACUUAUCCCAUCACGACCCUGUGUGGCCCUCCCACCGUCUACCGUAUGCUUGUGCAAAAAGACCUUAGGAGGUACAAAUUUAAGAGCCUGAAGCACUGCCUGACAGGAGGGGAGCCACUCAAUCCAGAGGUGCUGGAACAGUGGAGGGCGCAAACUGGGCUGAACUUGUAUGAGGGCUACGGACAGACAGAAGUGGGAUUAAUUUGUGCCAGUUACAAAGGACAAGAAAUUAAACCAGGCUCAAUGGGGAUAAGAGCACCACCCCAUGAUGUUCAGAUUAUAGAUGAAAAUGGCGACGUCCUACCACCUGGAAAAGAAGGGGAGAUUUCCAUCAGACUAACACCUACACGACACUUCUCUUUGUUCUCCAAAUACGUGGACAAUCCAGAGAAAACUGCUGCCACCAUAAGAGGGGGUUUUUAUGUCACGGGAGACAGAGGAGUGAUGGACAGUGACGGUUAUUUCCGGUUUGUCGGCAGAGCUGAUGAUGUCAUUAUAUCCGCUGGGUACCGUAUUGGGCCAUUUGAAGUGGAGAGUGCACUAAUUGAGCACCCAGCAGUUGCUGAAUCAGCUGUUGUCAGUAGUCCAGAUCCAAUCAGAGGAGAGGUAGUGAAAGCUUUUGUUGUCUUAUCCGCACCCUUUAAGUCAUCCAAUCCAGAGCAAUUAACUCUUGAACUUCAGGAUCAUGUAAAAAAAUCAACCGCACCUUACAAAUAUCCAAGAAAGGUGGAAUUUGUUCAAGAACUCCCCAAGACAGUCACUGGGAAAAUCAAACGCAACAUUUUAAGAGACCGUGAAUGGGGUCGAGCAUAGCCUGAGAAGAAAACUGUGGCAUCAAGUAGUUAACAGGGUUGCUUCCUUUCAGUUCUUGCUUCCUGAUAAUUCAGGGACUAUUCUCUUAAAACGCUUAAGACUGUUCCUAGUUAAAAACUCAACUGAGUUUUGUUUUGUACUUAGCCAAAAAAUAAAUAAGUAAAAAUCUAAAGAUAUUUGGGAAGAAAAUUCUUAUGGUGAGCAAACCAACAAAGACAAUGAUUAAUGACUUGUAUUGUUUAAAGUAGUCGGGAUCAAAUAAUUAGAAAUGUACAACGGACAAGGAAUUUAUUGUGCCUGAUUAAUUAAAAAUAAAGAUCAGAAUUCUUCUAAGA